AGACAAAUUGUAGGUGGGAAAACACGAGAAAACUCCUUAAACUGCAGGCACAAGUUGUUUAAUUUACUGAUAAAUUUUUUUUUGACAUGCGCACUUGUUACUUUUUCUUUAUUUCUAAAAAAAGUUCUAACAGAAUUUACUGAACAAGUUCAUUAGAUCAAAUUUUCCUUAACAUAUAAGCCACGCUCCUGAAUGAUUAAUAUUCUGGGCUCCCCUCUGUGUGAGGACAAUAACAGUGUCGUGAUUGAGUUACAAUGCACAAUAGGAGAGAAAAAGUCGAGCUUUGUCUAAUUGUUCCUUGACAGGGUCAGAGGGGAUUGUGCGAUUGGCUGCUGCCUCCUCAGGCUGCAGGGCUGUCAGAGCUGUUGGAGCGCUGGGUGUGACACCAAGGUGACUGAGGGGAGGCUGUAUAAAAUGCUGGCGCGGUGCAAACCGCUCCAGAGACGAGGGCAUCAGCCAGACUCUUGUGUGUGACCUUUUUUUCCCUGCCACGCACGACCACAGGCCCACUACAGUGAUGACUGCAAAAGCAGAACUUUCAAGCUGGCCAGAGUACCCUGAGGAUUUCUCUCUGCUGCAGCAGCGCAGCCUGGCCCACAUCAACUCCAAGACUUGGAUUUCUUCAAAUUCUCUCCAUGCGUUCUCCAGGAGGGAUGCGCACGGAGCUGCAGACGCACUGGAGAAACUCGUGCCAAUGAGUAAACUUUCUGACUGCGUGUCCCCUGCAGGCAUCACAGAGACAGACACUGACAAAACAGCAGAGGGAGGUAAGGCGAGUCACUUUGGUCCCCAGAAACACAGGCGCGUCGCAGCCAACGCGAGGGAGAGGAGAAGGAUGCACGGCCUGAACAAGGCGUUUGACGAGCUGAGGAGCGUCAUCCCCUCCCUGGAAAACGAGAGAAAGUUGUCCAAGUAUGACACCCUCCAAAUGGCGCAGAUCUACAUCACUGAGCUGUCGGAGCUCCUGGCUGGUGUGGUUCAUCCGGAGUGCAGGAGUCCUCGUCCAGGUUCAGCAGACAAGACCACCAGAAUGAGUCUGAUUCACUCUCUCCUACCAGCCACCAAUGGUCAGCCCCAGAACCCUCUGACCGGAGACCAGCGGGACCCCUGCGGCGCUGUCGGUCACCUUAUAAUACUUGGACCUACAUCUGACUUGGGGUCAAAUAAAUCAACGACAUCUUCAAACUGCAGUGAUGGGGAAUCUUCGCACUUCAGUGACAUGGAGGAGAGUCAGAAUGGAAGACAGUAACUGGAAGCCACUGACUGACUUCUCACUCUCUGCUAUAGAAGGAACCAGGAGAACCAAAUAUUCCAGCUUGUAGAAAUGUUGAUCACAUGGGAUAGUCCUACAUGUUUCUCCUGACAUUUUUAUUAGCUUAGAUGUUGCACUGCCAAAUGAAAAAGACAAAACAAAAAAACAGCAGCAGGUAAAACUCAAACACAUCGACUGAGAUCUUGAAUUUUUCUCUUCCUGAGGCCACGAUGAACUCCCAGAGGCCUUAUUUGAUGCACUUUAUGGCCUGAACCAUCACUAAAGACUUUUCCACUGUCAUUAGUGACAUUUGUCUAAAUUAAAAACAAUUAUUUUGAUAUUUAUGUAUAGCUAUUUUAUGAGGAUUGUUUUGCUACAAUAAAGAUAUACUUGAAACACGAGUGUGGAUUUUAAGUUUUGUUUUUAUAUAUUUCAUGUUUGUUGUUUGUUUUUGUUUGUUUUUGUUUAUUUUUUUUUACAAACUGUUCAACAGUCGGAUGUUCAUUCAGCUUAUCUUUCUCACAUUCCAGCAGUGAAGAACAACAUCAAUUGAAUCCUCCUUUUGUAAAAACAAUCCACAGAAUAAAAUAUAUUAUAGAUACAUAGAUAUUAUAGAUACAACAAGCUGCAUGUACCACAGACAGCGAAGUACAACUAUAUACACAACUAUAAGGAAAUACUUUGUUACAUGUACUUACGCAAAAGAACAGUUGAAUUAUUGAUGCA